GGCUACAGGAAGUGCAUUGAAGAUUUUAAUGCAUGAAUUAUGCAUGCCGUGCUCAUUCUGUGCUCAUUCUUUAGUCUCCAAGCAGAAUGACAGGGUUUGUGAAGUCGCCUCAGAUAGUUUCUUGCAUUAAGUGACUGCAGUAAAAUGCUUAAUAUUUUCAGGCAUAGAAGCAGCAUUGACUCGGGCCAGCCGAAUUUGGAAGAUGUAAACCCCCCAGCUCACAGCACAGAGGCUUUAUUUGAAAGUAUUGCUAUGUAGAGAGCCAGCUUUGCAGUCAUCUAACCUGUUCUCCCCAGAAGGUUGGCUGAAGGAUGGGAGCGGCUGUGCCUGCCUCUGAGGUCACAGCUUGAAGUCCUUUUAACUUGCCUUCUGCUGCAGGAGAGAGGCGUAUUGUGGUGUAACUGUCGCUGCGUUUAUUCAAAUGGACAAUUUGCAAUAGAUAUAAUACCCAGAACGGCAGAUAAUUCAACGUAUGAGGUGUUUAAUACUACCCAACUGCCAAACAGCUAAAGCUUUUUAUUUUCUUUUUCUUUUUUUGGAAAAUUGAACGAAUUUCUAUUAAACAUAAGAUGAAAAUGUGGUUGCUGGUCAGUCAUCUGAUGAUAAUCUCUUUUACAACAUGUCUAGCAGAGUUUACAUGGCACAGAAGGUAUGGUCAUGGAGUUUCUGAGGAGGACAAAGGAUUUGGACCAAUUUUUGAGGAGCAACCAAUCAAUACCAUUUAUCCAGAAGAAUCACUGGAAGGAAAAGUUUCACUAAACUGUAGGGCACGAGCCAGCCCUUUUCCAGUUUACAAAUGGAGAAUGAAUAACGGAGAUGUUGACCUGACAAGUGACCGAUACAGUAUGGUGGGAGGAAACCUUGUCAUCAACAACCCUGACAAACAGAAAGAUGCUGGAACGUACUACUGUUUGGCAUCAAAUAACUAUGGGAUGGUCAGAAGCACUGAAGCAAUCCUGAGCUUUGGGUAUCUGGAUCCUUUCCCACCCGAGGAACGCCCUGAGGUCAGAGUGAAAGAAGGAAAAGGAAUGGUACUUCUCUGUGACCCCCCAUACCAUUUUCCAGAUGAUCUUAGCUACCGCUGGCUUCUAAAUGAAUUUCCUGUAUUUAUCACAAUGGAUAAACGAAGGUUUGUGUCUCAGACAAAUGGCAAUCUCUACAUUGCAAACGUUGAGGCAUCUGACAAAGGCAAUUAUUCCUGCUUUGUAUCCAGUCCUUCAAUUACAAAGAGUGUGUUCAGCAAAUUUAUCCCACUCAUUCCAAUACCUGAACGAACAACAAAACCAUAUCCUGCUGAUAUUGUAGUUCAGUUCAAGGACAUAUAUGCAUUGAUGGGUCAAAAUGUGACUUUAGAGUGUUUUGCACUUGGGAAUCCUGUUCCUGAUAUCCGAUGGCGGAAGGUUCUAGAACCAAUGCCAAGCACUGCUGAGAUCAGCACCUCUGGAGCUGUCCUCAAGAUCUUCAAUAUUCAGCUAGAAGAUGAAGGCAUAUAUGAAUGUGAGGCUGAGAAUAUUAGAGGAAAGGAUAAACACCAAGCAAGAAUUUACGUUCAAGCAUUUCCUGAGUGGGUAGAACAUAUCAAUGACACAGAGGUGGACAUUGGCAGUGAUCUCUACUGGCCUUGUAUAGCCACAGGGAAGCCCAUCCCUACAAUCCGGUGGCUGAAAAAUGGAUAUGCGUAUCAUAAAGGGGAACUGAGACUAUAUGAUGUGACUUUUGAAAAUGCUGGAAUGUAUCAGUGCAUAGCUGAAAACACAUAUGGAGCCAUUUAUGCAAAUGCUGAGUUGAAAAUCUUGGCUUUGGCUCCAACUUUUGAAAUGAAUCCUAUGAAGAAAAAGAUCCUGGCUGCUAAGGGAGGAAGGGUUAUAAUUGAAUGCAAACCUAAAGCAGCACCUAAACCAAAGUUCUCCUGGAGUAAAGGAACAGAGUGGCUUGUCAACAGUAGCAGAAUACUCAUUUGGGAAGAUGGUAGCUUGGAAAUCAAUAACAUUACAAGAAAUGAUGGUGGUGUCUAUACAUGCUUUGCAGAAAAUAAUAGAGGGAAAGCUAAUAGCACUGGGACUCUUGUCAUCACAGAUCCCACACGAAUCAUAUUGGCCCCAAUUAAUGCUGAUAUCACUGUCGGAGAAAAUGCCACCAUGCAGUGUGCUGCGUCCUUUGACCCUGCCUUGGACCUCACAUUUGUCUGGUCCUUCAAUGGCUAUGUGAUUGACUUUAACAAAGAGAAUAUCCAUUACCAGAGGAAUUUUAUGCUGGAUGCCAAUGGUGAGCUGCUCAUUCGAAAUGCCCAGCUGAAACAUGCCGGAAGAUAUACAUGUACCGCUCAAACAAUUGUGGACAAUUCUUCAGCUUCAGCUGACCUUGUUGUUCGAGGUAAAAACAGAAAAAAUGGAGAGAAAAGCAUGGCGGAUCCCUUUCUCCCCGUCUGUGCAAGCCUGCCUCCAACCUGGUGAUCGUUCACACUCACCAUUUGUGUGAAAGCCUUGUUGUUGUUGUUUUAUUUUUUUUUAAUAUGAUACUAGAUUCGACUAAUUAACUCAGUCUCAUAGUUUCUGCAAUUUUCCUCCUGCAAACUAGUUUUUAGAAGAUGUUUCCCCAUUGAAACUUCUAAACAUAAAAUAUUCUUUUUAGAUAUAAUUAUGAAGCUUCACUAAUAACUGCAAAAAACAAAAUGCCUAGUGAACUAACCUCAUAUAGUGGUCAAGUGAAAGUUUUGUGUUUCCUGUCUUGUUUUUCUUUGAAACUAUAAAUCUCAGAAGUUAGCUCAUUACCUGAAAAAAAUUUAUGAAGAACUGGCGAAGUAUAACAGGAGUAUUGCCACUGAAUGGACUAUUUGAUUUAUUUGAGCAGGUAAUGAACAAUGUUGCUGUCCAAUCCACCAAUGCAUCACCUUAAUUAGGACAUAAAAUAAGAGGAGCGAUGCUCCAGCAGCUUUUCCUAUCCUAGUGCCAUCCAUAGUCUUUGGUAGGAAAGAGGAAAAGGAGCAAUAACCAAAGAAAAGUGGCCACGUCCCUGAAGGGACUGGGAACAAUUACUGGGAUUCAGAAGUAAACACGGACAGUAUGGGUAGGAAAACAUCAUCUCUGUAGCAAGAUUUAUGGGAAGAUGGCUAAGCCACUAACAAUGCGCACUUAUGAUGAAUUUUAUUAACUGUAGCCAUCAGCUUUCUUUUUGAGAGGAAGGUUGAGAUAUUUAUUAGAAGGACUUGGGCAGAUGUGGAAGGAUUAAUAUGGAAGUAUAUAACUAUUUCUGGGACUACUUAAAUUUCAUGAUUUGAAAAUACUUCCCUUCUUUAGUUAAAGAAACAUAUUUAAAAUUCUUGUUUCUUCACAAUAAUAUUUUUGUUCUUUAUAGACAGUUUUAUAUUUAGAUAUGAGAUAGUUUUCAGGCUUCUCAUUUAGUAACUCUAGCAACUCCAUCUGUGGUUUGAAGAAUGCUCUGGAAAGCCCUGAGGGAUAUAGAUAUUUCCAUCAUUACAUAUAGUUUUAUUUUAAAAAUAAUUUAUUAGUCAUCUUAAAAGAAUAAAUGUCUCUGAUUCAAGAUCUUACUUCCAUCUUUUAUAUUUUGUAAACUCAGCUGGCAUCACAGAAAGAAGUGCCUUAGAAUUUGAACUAAAAGUCUAGACCAAUUUGUGUGUUAAUAAGUUAUGUAAAAUCAUGUUGAGGGUUUUGAAGUGUCUGUAAACAUCACCAUGGAGACAUGUGUCUGAGUCAUUAUUGUGGGCAUCUUCCUACAUAGUCCAUAUCUGAAAUUAAUUAUACCACCAAGGACAGCUAGGAAUAUAGUUUGAGAAUGAAAGAGGAGAAGUUAUAUUAGAAACCACAUGACAAGGAUGAUGGGAACAGGAAAGGGAGAACAUUCUUAUUUAAACAAACUAUACUGAUAUCAAGUAGGAAAAGUAUACAGAUUCAUUGGCCUUCUUCUUGCUUCAAUCUCUUUCUAAUUAGAAUCUAAGUUCACUUUUAUUGAUGUCAGAUGUUAAUAAAACUAGUAAGCUCCUAUUACAUGGUAGACAUAUUUAAUACUUAGCUUUAUCCUAGUACAGUUUCAAACAUCAACAAGACCACACAACACUGAUUUGCAUUGAUAAUAAAUGCAUUUAUAAUGGGCAUUAAUAUGCAUCUUAAAGUAGAGCCAUUGCUUUAACUAAAAUUUUCAGGUCAAGAGCAGUAAUAAGAGGGAGUUUAAUUUUAGGUAAAGAAGACCUGCCUUAACAUAACUGAUGUUCUUUAUCUCCCAGCAACUUUCAUUUUAAGAUUAUCUUAUUUUAAAAAGGAAUAAUAAUCAGUUCUCAAAUUUUUUUGUUUCCUUAUCAUCUUCAAACUUUUCAUUGAAAUUUGCCGUUUUGGUAAAAAUAAACAAUGAAUCCUGGGAUAUUUUAUGUGGUGCUUUGUUUCUACUCCUUGCUGGGGAAGAAAAAGACAACAAAAUGUCAUUCUUGUUAAACACACCAGUUUGAGAUCAGCAAUGUUUAUAUUAAAAUAGCCUGCUGUGUCCAGAGGUGUCCCAAACGGACUGGUGGUUGUGAAAGCACAUUUCUAACAGUAGCUGUUAAGGAAGCCAAGUGUAGUUGUUGAAUAAGGAGAGAGCAUGUUUGGGUUCCUGCUAGGUAGUCACUGACUUCAGUGAUGGAUGAAGGGCAUGGCAUAUAUUCUUCAAGGUCUGAGUUUCAUGUCUUCUGUCCCACGUGAUUUAUUAAAAAAAAUGAGUUUCAAGUAUUGAUUGAAAAAUGUGGUCAGCUUAUUUUUAAUAUGUGAAUCACUUGGAAAAUUUAUUUGUCCUGCUAUCUUUCCUAAAAUGUUUGAAAUCUUCUCAUUUAAUAUUCUGGACACAAUUGACAAAUAAUUUGUUUUUCUGCUCAUUUUUAAAAAUUGUUUUACAUAUAAAUGGGAACUGAGUGAAAAUCAAAAAAGUCUUUUUUUCUAAAACAUUAAUUUUCAGAAAAGAUUAACAGAUAUCUGUAUGAUGGUCAAGAAAGGCUGGGGAUGAAUUGAUUAAGAAUUUAUAGAUAGGCGAUAUGAUAACCUAUGUAUUUGAGUUAGCAAAUAAGAUAACGAUUUUAAAAGCUAUAACCAAUGUGCUGUAGUUUAUGUCAUUGUUUCCAAAAUAUACACUUGUGCCCAAGAAAUUUAUAUUCUCCUCUUUAAGAAAAUAACCAAUGGAAAGUUAUCAAGACCAUUUUAAAAUGUGGUAUCAAUAAUGCUAUUUCUAAAUUGUAGUUGUUGAGAAGUUGGUCUCAAGGCAAAUUGACUGGGUACAAAUUCUUAACUUUGUCAUUUAUUAGUAGGAUGACCAUGGUCAUUUGAUUUAAUCUGUCUCUGACUAUGUUUCCUCACCUAUAAAAUAGGAAAAAUAAUAGCAUAGGAUUCAAUAUUAGUAUGAAUUAUAAAUGUUUUGGCAGUGACUUGGCUGUAAUAAGUACUCAAUGAAAAAUAUGAUUUUUAUUAACAUAUACUGUGUAAACUUCUUUUUGUGAUUUUCUGAAAAUUUUGUUAUAUAAAUUUUAUGUUGUCAUGGGUUUAUUACUUACUUAAAUAAUAUGGACAAAUCCAAGAGAACAAUAGAGUAAAACUGUUGGCAUUAAUAUAGUUCUUUAGAAAUUUUUUGCAGACUGACACAUUUGAGCUACAUGAUCUGAAUCUGCAAAUGGACAUUUUCUUACCUGGGGCAUGUUAUAACAGGCCUUGCCUGUCUCCUGUUCUGACUCUGCACUUGCCAUUGACAGGCUACGAUUCUGACAGUAAUCUUUCUAGACAUAGCAUCCUUCUACGAAACAGAUAUUGGCUUAAACAAGAUCUAAAGUGUAGGUGAUUUACAUAAAAUAUUGAACUAUCUCUGUUAUCUGCUGAAAGUCAAUGAUUUAAUAGUAAAAAUAUUGAGAACCAUGAAAAAUUUAGAGAAAGAAAAAUACAGAUGUGGCAAAGGAGACUGUCCAUUUAACUGCAGAUGAUAGGGGAUCAUUCUGGAAGUUUCCAAAGUCCUUCACUAGGUAACAAUGUGACAGUAAUGAACCUCAAUAAUUAUUUGUGAAUUCCUUUUAGCUAAUUUUGAAGGACAUAUUAUGUAAAAAUAGAACACUAACAAGGAUUUUGGUAGACCAUUAUUUAUCUCCCAUAAGGAUGGUUUUAUUGAGCACUCUUAAUGAACAGAGACUCUCCGAGAGGGAUCUUUGCAGCUAAAGAAAGAAUACAUGGGUGAAAAACAAACAUAGUAAGAAAUGGGUAAAGACGAUAGAAAAGGAAGACUAUUCAUAGUGUUAGCCUUCAGCUGAGAAGAGAAGAAACGAAAGACAGGUAGUGAUCUAACACCAUGAUUCUGAAUGGGAAAAAAUGCAAACAACCAAUAUGGAAUGGCAUCUGUGUUGUUACUUAUAUCAAAGUGGAACUCAGUCAGAGGAAUAGGCCUAAUGCAAUUAGAGGUGUCCACUCAUAGUAACAUCCUGCAAGUACUGGUAAGAAUCAGGAAACAAAAAUAGCAGCACUGCUACAGGAAUAUGAUACAUGAGAUUUAAAAAAAAAUGCAUUUCGGAAACUCCAAGGCAUGGGGUGGGAGACAUGUUAGAAAGACAGGGAUGAAAAUAAAACUAUACUCAUAAGAGCACAGAAGCAAAAAGUAUGACUUAAAUAAUUUUCUAUUAUCUCCUCCAAAUCUUUUUCUUUUUAAAAAAAUUUUUUUGUAGUUGUAGAUGGACAGCAUGCCUUUAUUUUAUUUGUCUCAUUUUUAUGUGGUAUUAAGAUCAAACCCCUCACACAUGUUAGGCAAGUGCUCUGCCAUAGAGAUACAGCCCCUCCUUUUCUUUUUCUACUCAUUUCCUUCUCUUUCUAACUCCCCAAGUAUUUAAUUAAUGAUGGUGAGACAAAUUGAUGAAAUGACUUUUCCUGGGCUAGUCAGAAUAGUAUUCCAGUCUUCCGCCUUCAUACCUCAAAUCUUUAAUAAUUAAAAUAAAAGAAAUAAAAAAAUGAAAAACUAAAAUAAUGUAUCAUAUAAUGUAUCUAAACACUUAAAAUGGAGUCAAAUUGCAGAGGUCCUUUUCAUCAGAUCAAUUUCUCUAUUUUAUGAUAAUUUAACUUUGGGAUAAAUAUUGUUCCUGUGGUUCAUUAGCACGUGACCAAGGACAACCUAAGAAGCUCUAAAGAGGUAUAGGAGGAUACUAAUAAAAGAGCUGUAUGUAGCAGUCCAUUUUUGCUGGAUUCAAUUCUUCAGUAUUUAUUGAGGGUACAGAUUGAAGGGGGUUCAAGAAAAAGGAAUUCACAGGGUCAGAAUUAUGUAUUGCUUUUUUUUUCCAUGGACAAAAGAAUCAGAAUAAGUUGUCAACUCUUAAAUAACUUCCCUUGUGCUGAGGAACAAGUAGUUCCUUAUUUUAUUUUCUGCCAUAGCAUUUUUCUCUCCAUUCUGAAAAAAAAAAAUUAAGCAAGUAACAUCAGCCUCCACUGCUUGAAAACCUUCCCUCU